GACAACAUCUCGGCACUGAAGAAAGAAGAAUAUUUUCCUCCAGGAUUUGUUAUCGUUCACAUUAGUACUGAGCAGAACUAGUCUAAGUCGUUCUGCUUUCCAUGAUAAUCCUUACAUGACAUAACAGUUAUUGCGUGCCAACGUUGUGAAAUUAGAUUAACAUCUCAAUUUUGAUCUAAACAUCUAAGUGACGGAAUACAUUUGUCUCUAGAAAUGGAUCAGAAAUGGAUUUCAGUCUUCUUCCUUCUCUCAGCUGUCUGUGAUGUAUCCACAUACGCUCCUCAUCGGUACCACUUUGUGGAUGAAAGAAAAACCUGGACUGAAGCUCAGAGCUACUGCAGACAGAACUUCACUGAUCUGGCCACCAUCAACAACAUGGAUGAGUUGAAGAAGCUGAAUGAAGCUGUGAAAGAUAAAUCUGUUAUGGUUUGGAUUGGCUUAAAAAAAGCGACCUGGCAGUGGUCUCUGCAAGACGGAACGGUCUACAGAGAAGGACAGUCAUAUAAUAGCUGGAAUACAGGAGAACCAAGCAGUAAACCUGGAGAGGAGAUGUGCGGGCAGUUGAGUGGAGAUGGAAGCUGGAAUGAUGAUGACUGCAAUCAUUUAUUUCCUUUUGUGUGUUUUGAAGAAAGAAGUAGUAGUUAUGUAUUUAUUAAUGACUUCAAGAGCUGGCAUGAUGCUCAGAGCUACUGCAGAAAGAAUCACACCGAUCUGGCCAGCGUGAGGAACCAGGCUGAGAAUGUCAAGAUAAAGGAGGCAGCCAAAGGAAAAACAGUGUGGAUCGGCCUGUUCAGAGUCUUCUGGAAGUGGUCAGAUCAGAGUUACUCCUCAUUCUGGAACUGGAAACAAAAGCAAGCAGAUAUUUCUAGUGGAAAAGAGACCUGUGGUUAUAUUGUAAUGACUGAUGGGGGCUACUGGAGUAAUGAAAACUGUGAAACAAAGUUUCCGUUCAUCUGCUAUGAGAGUAAAAAUUCUACAUACAUAUUGAUUAAGGAGGCAAAGAGCUGGUACGAUGCUCAGAGCUACUGUAGAGAACGUUACACAGACCUGGUCAGUGUGAGGAGCCAGACGGAGAACCAGCAGAUAUUAGAUUCAGCAAAAACUUCAGUCAAUGACAGUCUGUGGAUCGGCCUGUUUUACAAUUCCUGGAAGUGGGCAGAUCAGAGUGCCUCUUUAUUCAGAUACUGGGCAUCAGCACAACCAGAUAACUGUGGAAACCAGAACUGCACUGCAGUGUUUAUGGCUGAGCAGGGCCGAUGGCAUGAUAUGAACGGCAACAGCCAGCUUCCAUUCGUCUGCCAUGAAAGUCAGCUGAUCUUGAUCAAUCAGAAUCUGACCUGGAGAGAAGCUCUGAGAUACUGCAGAGAUAAUCAUGUGGAUCUGCUCUCAGUUCACUCUGAGGAGAUCCAGCUCUGGGUGAAGGAGGUUUCACCGAAAGCCUCCACUGAACUUGUGUGGCUGGGUCUGCGUCACACCUGCACUCAGGAUUUCUGGUACUGGGUGAGUGGCUUUUCCAUCUGCUACGAGAACUGGGCUCCAGGUAACGGGACAGGAGGAGAAGACUGCAGCCCUGUAGAGAGAACCGGAGCGGUGCAGGCUAGAGGAGGUCAGCAGUGGGUCAGCCUGCCUGAGGACCAGAAACUCAACUUCAUCUGCACCACCUAUGAAGAUUGAAUGAAAACAGUGAUGAAGAAGGAAAACAAGUUGCAGUCCAUCAUCUGUGUCCAACAUCAAUGUAUCCACAUUACUGUUAUUUCUAUGUUUGCAUUUCUUUACAGAUUAAGAAAACUAAAAACUGCAACACUUUUUGUGUGUGUGUGUGUGUGUGUGUGUGUGUGUGUGUGUGUGUGUGUGUGUGUGUGUGUGUGUGUUUUAUUUUGGAAAUAAACCCAUUUAGAAUUGCUUUAGAGACUUAGUGAUAACCAGACAUUAAACACAUUAUAUAGAGAAAGGUUUUAGGACACACCUCCUAAUUAUAAGUUCAGGUGUUUUAGCCGCACCCAUUGCUAACAGGUAGAUUUAAACACAUAGCGUUGCAGUCUUGAUAGACAAACACUGGCAAUAGAAAGGGUCAUUGUGAUGAGCACUUCUCUAUCUGUUACUCUGUUGGAAGAGUCUGUGGUUUGGCAGUUGACAGGAGAAGGUUACCUGCCUGGCUGCACUGUCCUAGCUGUAAAGUUUGGUGGAGGAGGGAUAAUGACAUGGGGUUCCCUUCCAGUGAAGGGAAAUCUUAAUGCUUCAGCAGACCAAGACAUUUUGGACAAUUCUGUGCUUCCAAUUUUGUGGGAACAGUUUGGAAAGACCAUCUUCUGCACCAGCAUGACUUAGACCCAGUGCACAAAUCAAGGUCCAUAGAGUCAUGGCUGGGUGAGUUUAGCGUGGAAGACCAUAAUUGGCCCUCACAGCGCCCUGACCUCAACCCCACUGAACAUCUUUGGAAUGAACUAGAAUGGAAAUUGUGAGCCAUACACUUUCAUCCAACAUCAGUGUCUGACCUCACAAAUACUCUUUCGGAUAAAUGAGCAAGAAUUCCCACUGGCACACUCCAAAAUCUUCUGUGGAAACAAUGUUUGCCCAUAUAGUGUAUGUUUUAUUUUAUGUGAUAAUUUUAUUAUUUUUUUCGUGAUUUCUUUUCUUUUUGUUUGGUUUUCUGAGCAAUAUUAUUGGUAAUUGAUAAGAUUAUGAUGAUAAAUAGUAAUCAGUAAUCAUUAUUAGUAGUUGACAUAUUACUAGUAGUAAUCUUGGUGAUGGAUGUUUCUUCAAUCAUUUUCAUUUGUAAUAUCUGCUUUUUGACUCCAGCAAACCUGGGAACUUCUAGACCAGACCCAUAAGCUUACAGUAUGUAUAACAAAAUGUUUUCGUUUUAACCAAACAAGAAAAAAGUGAAAAUAGAUCAAUUUACACAGAACAACUAGAACAACUGGGAUCCUAAUUUACAUAUUUGAUGACUAAUAUCUUGACUUUCAUUGAUUUCACUAGGCAUUUGUUGGUCUACUAGAAUAUAUCCCAUUUAUCCAGUGAUCUGUGUAAUAUCUCAAAUUUCCUGCAAUGUAUUUGUGAUAUUUGUGCUCUUGUUAUGACACAAACUGCUGAAGUUACUGAAAAACUACACAUAGUGCUAUUACUAAUGGUUCUAUUCAAGCUAACCUCAUGCUAGUCAUUGCUGUGUUUAUAUUUUUUGCAUCUUCUCUUUUUUUCAUCUUUUAAUUCUUGGUUACGCAAUAAAGUUGGUGAAGGCUUGG